UCGCCCUGCCCUAUAGCUGCAGCUCGGAACUAACUGACCAGGGCGCAGCUGCGAUGAAGAGGGGAAAGCUGGGCCCUUGCGGGGAUCCGGAUGUUGCCAAGGGCCAGGGCGCAACAUCCAGAAGCAACCAGGGACUGGAACUAAGGCUUCUACUUCUUGGUAAACAUGGUGCAGGAAAAAGUGCCACUGGAAACACCAUUCUUGGUGAAAGGGUGUUUGAGUCCAAACUGAGUGAGGAGCAGAUGACCACGAAAGAGUGCCAGAGAAAGAGUGGAACUGUGAAGGGGACUGAGGUUGUGGUCAUUGACACCCCUGACCUUUACUCCUCAAGAAUUGGUGCUGAGGACAAGCGUCACCACCUUGAAUGCUGUGUAGCACUCUCUGCUCCCGGUCUCCAUGCCUUCCUUCUGAUCAUCCCCAUUGGCCAUUUCAAGGACGAGGACAAAGAAACCAUCAAAGGCAUUGAGGAGAUAUUUGGACAGGAAACUAGGAGGCAUAGCAUUAUUGUCUUCACUCGGAAGGAUGACUUGGGGGAAGACUCUCUGCAAGAUUACAUUGAAAGCAAUCAGUGUCUAAAGGAAUUGGUUCAGAACUUUGGAGGACGAUAUUGUACUUUCGACAACAAGGCAUCUGAAGAAGAGCGCGACAAUCAGGUGGCAGAACUACUCUGCAAGAUACAGCAGUUGGUAGAUGAGAAUGGGGGACCCUAUUGUUUGCAUUUCAAAAAUGAAUACAGGAGAGGUCAGGAUAUUGUUAAUGAAGUGACAUCGCAAAGGAGUGAUGGUUCACAUGGACCAGAGAAUAUGCAGCUGCAGUCCACCAAAAGUGAGGAAAUGUCAGAACUGAGGAUCCUGCUGGUGGGAAAGCAUGGAGUUGGAAAAAGUACAGUUGGAAAUCGCCUUCUGGGGAAGUGGGGUUUUGAAACUGGAUUCAGUGAAAAGCCUGUGACUAAGACAUUCAUGACUAAAAGUAGAGUCUGGAGAAGGAGAAUACUUAUGUUCAUUGAUACUCCACACAUCUCACCUUCUGAGAACUUUCAUUCAGAGCUUCAAGAUUACACCUCUCCAGGCCUCCAUGUCUUCCUGAUGGUGAUUCCCCAGGGCUCAUUCUCUGAAAGAGACGAAGAGGUGCUAAACAUUAUUCAAAGAAAUUUUGGAAACAAUUUUUUUGAGCACAUGCUCAUUCUCUUUACCAGGGAAGAAGAUAGACGCCUAAAUAGAGAAAUAUUAGAAAUUGAAAAUAACCCCAAUAGUCUCUUCACAAAGUGUAAAAAUCGACACAGUCUCUCUAACUUCAAAGCAGUAGGAGAGGAGGAGAAAAGUCAGGUGGAUCAAGUCCUGCAAAAUAUUGUGAUCUUGACAAAGAAGAAUGGGAAUAAGCUGUGUACCCUAGUAAAGAAAGAUACCCUGAGCCUUGUUCUUGUGGGGAGCAGUGGUGCUGGAAAGAGCGCAACUGGGAACACUAUUCUUGGGAGGCCAGAAUUCAUUUCACAGCUCAGUGCUCAGUCAGUUACUAAGAUGUGCCAGAGCAGCAAGGAGAAGUUGGGGGAGCAGGACGUGGUGGUUGUGGACACACCCUCUUUCCUCACGGUACCUAGCGAAUUAGAGAAUCCAUUUCAGCUAGAGAUAGAAGUUCAACGCUGUUUGUCCUGCUGUGAAGGGAACAGGAUUGUAUUUGUCCUGGUGUUUCAGCUGGGAAGGUUCACUCAAAAGGAGCAAAAUGUUUUGGUGCAAUUAGAGACCAUCUUUGGAAAGGAAGUUAAGAGAUACACAAUUGUGCUAUUUACUCGGAAGGAAGACCUAGAGGAGGAGAAUAUUGAAAAUUAUAUCCAACUCACAGACAACAAAGCUCUUAAGAUGACAGUUAAAGAGUGUGGAUAUCGAGUUUGUGCAUUCAAUAAUAGAGAAUCAGGCCCGGCUGGGAAAACGCAGGUGAAAUCUCUUUUGGAAAAGGCCAAUAAACUGAUAAAAGAACAAGGAGGGCAUGGAUAUCCCAAAACUUUCAAUGAGGUCAGACAAAUAAUGAAACAACAUGCCCAGGAAAAGUCCAAAUACAAACAGAUGCUAAACAAUUUUAUAAGUUCCCCAUCAGAGAAGUGCCAGAAACAGAGAACAGGGAUUAAAUCUGGCUUGCAAAAGACCAAACAAGUUUGAUCUCAUGCAUCACGUAUGGUCCAUUGAGCACUAGGAAUUACUCAGGGAAUCAUAAGUGGUACUGGGAACCAAACCAGCUCAAUUGCCUGCAUGCAAGGCAAGUGUCUUAUUCCCUGU